AAUAAUGGCUAAAAAAGGUGGAGUUCAGCAGUUACAAACGGAUAUCUCAAAUGAUGAAGAUUUUGAAAAGUUUUUGGAAAAACCUGGAUUACUAGUUCUGGAUAUAUGUGCCGAAUGGUGUGGACCCUGUGUAGGCAUGGUUGGAAGUUUGAAGAAAGUCAAACUAGAAGUGGGAGAUAAUCUUCAAUUGGCAAUCUGCAAAGUGGACCAUAUAACAGCUUUAGCGAGAUUCCGUCGAAAAAGUGAACCCACCUGGAUGUUUGUUACUGGUGGCAAAGCUGUCAACCUUAUGUUUGGCACAAAUGUUCCCAAACUAAUGGCUCUCAUCGUAAGCGAACUAAAUCUGUUGGGCGAGAAAAAUCGCACCUUUUAUGAAAUCUCUGAACUUCAGCCCGAAGAAAUUGCUCGUCAAAAAGUUAUCGAAGAGGCAGAUGAGGCAUGUGCUCGCAUCGAAGCUGUUGUAGUGGAAAAGAAACGUUUAAAUUAUUUGAAGUUUGUUACUGAUACAAUUAUGGAAAAUCUUAUGGAUAUUGGUAUAACGGUAUUUGGACCUCAAGUCAAUCGCGAUAUGUUCAAAAAGAUCAUGGAACCAGCCGAUGCUUUAAAAAUUCAAUGUAAAGAUCGUAAAGUAACCCAAAUCACCAGGGAAGAGUUUAAAGUUGUACAUUUUCAAUGUGAAAAUCCCAUACCCGAUGAGGUUCUCAAACAAAUGGAGGGUAAAGAAUUGUUGCUGUGCUACUGGAAAAUACCGGGAGAAAAUGUCGAUGUACCGCAAAUCUUAAAUGACUAUGCCAGAGAAUUGACGAAAACUAAAACAUUGCCACCGGAUGAUCAUCAUGAGGAGGAAAGAAUUAAGCCCGCAAUAGUUCCUCCCUUGGAAGUGGUUGUCGAAUACGAGGUAACAGAUGACGAAGCCGAGGAGGGCGAAGUUGCAGAAGCCGCCAACAACAACGAAGAAGCAUCAACUGAGGCAGAAGAUGAGGCAGCUACAUCCAACAAAGGAGAACCCGAUGCCGAAGGUCAAGAAGCAGAAACCACUGGUACAGAAGGGCAGGAAAACAAUGAAGAACUUAAUCUAGAAGCCGUAGAUGAACCUGAAUUAGAAAUACCCGAUUCGGAGUUGAAUCUAGAAUUGGAUGAUCUGGAAAAAGGUAUCGAACCACAGGCAGAAAAAGUUGAAGAGCCCGAAGAAAAACCUGCUGCUAGAAAGCGUAUAUGUACCAAAACUGUUACUCUGCCAGCUAUAUGGGUGCCUAUUGACCAUCGUACACAUGCCGCAUUAAUUUAUGUCUAUUUUCGUAAUCAAACUAAGGAAUUUUUACCACCCGAUCCACCCCCGGAACCACCAUAUGUCAUCAUGACAUUUGAUACCUAUAAGAAACGCGAUCUUAUAGCUUAUGCCGAUAAUAAUAAGGAAAAUGUACCAGUUUACGGUUUCUUUACCAAUGAUGAUCCUAAUACCGCUGAAUACAUAACAAACUCUAUGCCGAAAUAUAAAGUCCUAACAGCCAAUGACAAGCUCGUUAUGAAAGUUAACAAAGGCUCCGAAGAGACCAUGCUUACCAUGCUCUCCUACUGUCCCAGCUAUGUAAGUGCCAACAGUGUGAUUGGCCAAGAGGAUGCAAGUAAAUUCUUUCCACCAUCCUAUAAAACUGUUGAACAAGAAGAAGCCGAGGCUGCUGCCCUGGCCGCUGAGAUUGCCAAAAAGAUGCGCAAGGCUCGUAAAUCUAAGAAGGCUGCUGCAGCCGAGGAAGCAGAAGAAAAAGAAACCGAAGUUGAUGGUACACCCUCAUCUAGUGGAGAAGAAGAGAGUGGUGAGAGCACCUCUGCUGAAGGCGCAGAAGGCGAACAGGAAGCUGGCGAGUAGGAAGUUUCAAAACAUGAGAACAUGUUUUGUCAACAAUUUAAAACAUCCAUGGAAACUUCAAAUUGCGUGGCGAUUGAAACUGUACGAGUUGUUCUUAUUUUGUGACUCUAUUGUUCUGUAAUAAAAAUUAAAA